CUCACAGGAAAAUAUAUACUAUAAACGACACAAACAGAAGCUGAGAUCUGUGGGCUUGGGACAACAGCUGCCAGUUAUUACUCCUUAACACUGCACAGUACUGAUACAAAAUACUGUUAAUAUGGAUGGUUCAGAAGAGGAGGCAAUUUUAGCAAGUCUGGCGGAGUUAGAGUGUGAAGGAAGUCGAGGCUGCUGCAUCAAAAACUGUAAGAACUUCACGUACAGGACUGACGUUGUCUACUUUAAUGUGCCUGACCAACUUGAGAGACGAUCAAUUUGGUUAAAACAGCUAAGUGAGUUCAUAUCUGAAGGUGAUGAAAGUUCUCACUUGUUGAUUUGCUCAGAUCACUUCCAUUCAAGAGAUAUCAUUCACAACAGUGCCCAACCAGAGCUCAUGCCAUCUGCUCUACCACACAUACAAGAAUUUACACACAUUGGAAACCCUGAAAAUGACAAGGAUGUGACAGAGAACUGGGGGGAUGAGGACCAACUGUGUUUCACAACAGGCAAAAGAGCAAGAGUUAUCGGGAUGACUGUGGAGGAUGCAGAUGAUUUACCGAGUUGUCAUCAGCUACUGCAAGAUUCAAGCCAGGGUGCCCAGAUUGAACAAAAGAAAUCAAUUAAAAUGGAACCAGUAUCUGAGGCAGAGGAUAAUUAUAGUAGUUUUGUGGAUUCAUUCACAAAUUCCAAGACUCAAAACACAGCUGAGGGAAAUACCAGCACAAUGACUGGUCCCAGGAAAGUCAGAAUGAAUAUAUCAUCUGAUAUGAUGGAAAAGUUUCUUAAAGAAGGAAAAUUAGAGAAACAAGCAAGUGGGUCAUAUCGUGUAAUGGAGAAUGUGUUCAAGGAAAUUGAAGAGAGCAUAUGUGGUUCAGAAGCACCUGCUCAGACAACUGCAUCUCCAAGUAAAAAUCUUUCAAGCCCAACAGUUGUAUUUAGAAGGAAACGCGGUCGUCCAAGAAAGGGAACGUUCAUACCUCGGACAACACCGUCUCAGGAUUCGGAAUCGGUUGUUGCAAGCCAUUCCCAAGCUUCAUGUUCCAGCCCCCAGACUGGGAAGAUGAGCAGCAAAACUAGUACAACAAUGCCACUGAUAUACGAUAGUACAGAAGAUCCUGGAGAUGCUGAGACUGACACUGACAACAAACCAAAAAGGAAAAGGAGAUCUAAGGUAUUAGAUGAUUACGUUGCCGAUUUUAAUACGUCAGAUGAGGAGGAUAUGAAUCUAACGACAGGUUUUUCAAAAUUUACAAACCGUGGUAGAGGCAGAGGACGGGGCAGAAGAGCCGAGCCAUCUUUGACAUUUGACGACGAUCUUUUUACCAGCUAUGUUAGUGUUUUUGGAAAGAAAUUCUCAUUACAGGAAGACUUUCCAGAUGAAGAUAUGCUUGAAGGAAUGAGUGAUAAUGAAGAAGAUAUGUACUCUCCCUCCAGCUCAAAUAAAUCAAAGUUGCUUGAAAUAGCUAAGCAAGGGGAUGAUAUAAAAGAUAGAGUGGAGGCUAUGAUUGGUCCAAGUGGGAAAACCAAAGUACAGAUAGUAGAUACAGGUGAGACAUCAUUUUUGAAUGAUGAAGAGAAUGUUAUUUAUCAUGUGAUUACAACAACAGGCAAGAAAACAAGCACUAUACCUCUCCUGAUUCCUAAGGUAAUGGAUGAUGGAGAAAGUGAAGCUGACAGUAAAGACUUACCAUCAACAUCUCACAUUAAACCUACAUUAAUUGAUGAAGAAAAACUGGAGACAGACAUAGAAGUGGAUGGCACUAAACCAAAACUCUCGUCACGAGGGAGGAGGAUAAAGAGCAAGCAAUUGAACAGGACGUACAAUCAACAAGUGGCAUCGUUGCGACAGAGGUAUUGUCGUGCAGUUCAGGAAUUAAGAAAGAGACCAAGAGUGUACACAUUGGCCGACCUUGUGUAUGGUGCCUCACGGUUCCUGACUGAGGACCAGCUUGUGUUCUUCACACUGCAGCUCAAGUCUGGUUGUAAUAACAUGCAAGGCAUCAGAUUUAGUGUGCGAGAGAAAAUGUUGGCAUUGGCAUUUUAUCUUCAGAGCCCAGCACUGUACAAGUGGCUUCGGGUGAUUUUUCAUUUGCCCACAAAGUUGAUAUUGGAGCGAUGGUUGGAAGGCAUUGCCAAGAGUGAUCCAGAUGCAGCCAAAAGACUUAUGUAUCAUGUCUACACAAGAUAUGUGUUCAGGUCAUAAACCUGAUGUGUUUACAGUACAGUACUGUAUAGUUAUACUAUACUGUACAGUAUAUUCUUAUAAAAA